AUGCGCGACGACUGUAUACUGGACUGGCUUCACUCUGUUGACUCGACUAAUGAUCAAUCCUGCGAGCGACCGCCCAAGCGACCGAGAUUGAACAAUGGGUGCGCGCCCAACGAAUCUAUCCAUAGCGAUUUUGGAAAGAUACAGGUCAAGGGAAACGAUCCUAGAUCACGUCUGCAAACGCCCUCGACUUCCGGAUCUGGAUCUGUGCCUCGACAGAGGUACCUCAGCAUGACCAGCAAGCGCCCCCGGGACCUUGACGACGGCCGACCGGUGGAUGAUGCAAGACAAGCAAGACAGUCCACGGAACUCUCUCUUCUUCACACAGAACUCACCCCUCGCCCUCGACGAUCACCGACGGCCGCUCUAGAUCACGGCGUGUCUCUACCUUCAUCACCCUCUCAGUCCAGGACAUCUCCGUCAUUGGCCUCCUCCAAAGCCUCUAAAAUUUCUCGCAAUUUGUCCCCCACGAAGCAGCUACGAAAAGCAGAGCUAGAGGAGACGGCUGAAGAAUUGAAGAUGAUUAAUGGUGGUUUCGGCAUCCUUCCCAAAGAGCUGCAAGACGAGCUUAUGAAGGACGACGAUUCUUUCGAGUUUUGGAACUUUGGAGAUCGUCUGGGACUGGGAACGACGUGUUUCCCCGAUCUGAGCACCGUGCGGCAGAUCUAUGAUUUGGCAAGACGAUGUUUUAAGAACAACCACCCCGAAUCAUCUUGGAAUAACGAUGUGCACUCGCGCGUUUUGAACUGGGUUUUACGAGACGGUCCGUGCAAAGAUGAUAUCGUAGACUAUCGGUGCUGCCUCACUGCCCAGAUCGCCCCCGAAUACCAACCCAUCAAUUCGCGGAGCAAGAUGGUCGACUACUGCUUCUGUAUUGAGCCCAAGACAAACUCCCCGCAAUACCGGACGAUCGAGUCGCUCUGCAAAAAACGCCCGGGAAAGUCAAUCAACCAUACAGACUGGGCUGACUUGACCAAGUACCCCAUUGCUAUUUCUAUCGAGACCAAAGGUCCCAGUAUAGGGUACGAGACCGCACUGCUGCAGGUGGCUACAUGGCACUCGGCCCAGUGGCGUAGUCUGUGCUGGGCCAAACAAGACAUGAAUCUUUUGACAUUCUCGUGUCAGAUUGAAUUUCUUCCUGGUAUCAUCGUCAUGCAGCACCACUGGUGGUUUGUGGCAACUGCGUUGAACGAGGGCGGCAAGGCGCAGACGUUUGAGCGAUUACUGUUGGGUGAAACUGAAUCCUUACUGGGCAUCUAUAAGCUAUCAAUGGCGCUCCAGAAGCUGGUCGAGUGGGCGCGAGAUCAGUACUGGCCAGCAUUCCAAUCUGACGUUCUGGGACUCUGA